AUGAGCUUGUGAAAAAUGGAUUUGUUCAAAGCUUCUUGUUGGGCUAGUGACUCUGAGAAUGGAGGAUCAGCAAAGAAAGAUAUAUGGAGAUUGAAAACGAACUGGCUGUUUCUGUUUUUUGCAUGCAUCCUAAGAGCCAUCAGUUAUGUCUGCGUCACACCAACCAACCAUCAGUUUGUCAUUAAUCCAACUGCAGAGACCCUCAAUAUCACUGAUGAGAAAGUGGAGCCUGGGCUGGAGCAAACGGAAACUUUAUAUUCACUAACAUAUGUGGUACUAUUUGUGAGCCAUGCAAUAGCUGCAGUGGCUACUGGUCUCCUCUUUAACCAUAUCCCCACCUGGUACCUGUUCCUGGUAUCUACACUCUGUCACACUCUCGGCUACCUUCUCUAUGCACUGGCCACCAGUGGCUGGAUGAUGAUACUGGCUCGUGCCCUGGCUGGUCUUCAUCUAGGGGCUAUAGACUCUCUUGUAUUUGCCUAUUAUGCUGUGAGCUUCGAGAAAUACAAAGAGAAUCUGAAGACCCUUGGAAAGUUUGAGAAAAAGAAGGAAACCAAAAUGAAGGGCUACCUAUUCAGUACCAGUGCCAUCGGAUAUGCAGUGGGCAACAUUAUUGCAGUAGGGUUCCCAGCAAUCUUGGCUCAGUUUCCAGAGACUCCACAGUUCAGAGCGGCUGGCUGGUUCUGUGUGGCUGCUGGAGUGACAGUCUUAAUUCUCCAGUUAGCUCUCUUCCAUGGAGAGUGC